GCGCUUUAAUCUUUAUGUGCCUUCUUUAUGAAGAGAAGAAGACGGUUGCUAUGGCAACCGCAGGAUCAUCCGCAGCUGGCGACUUUCUUCUGUCUCUUCAGAACAGUUACUGAAGCUUUUGUGUUUAUUCAAUAAACGCUGCUUCGCUGAAUGGGUUAGAAGUUUACUGACAACGAACGCGACCGACAAGGAUCAGUGCAUCAUGACAAGCCAGCGGCCUCCUUCAGGCAUAGGCCGCCCGAUGAGCCGUAGCGGAGCUGGAAGACCUCCGACAGCCAUCCGGCCUCCUCCUACAGCCAUACGCGUUGCAACCGGGAUGGUUCCUGGCACAAGUGGGCAUCCUGGUAUGAGAAGUGGGAUCCCCAUCAGCACCCCCGGAGUCUUGUCAGCACAGAUCAAAGUAACUGACAGACCUGUCACCCAACAUGGGCUCAGUGGGAUGAAGACUGGCAUGAAAGGACCACAGAGACAGAUUCUGGAUAAGUCCUACUACUUGGGCCUCCUCAGGAGUAAGAUCAAUGAGUUGACAACAGAGACCAGUAAAUUGCACAAAGAGAUUGACAACUACAACCAGGAGAACUCUGUCUACCUCUCCUAUGAGAAAAAAGCCGAAGGUCUCGCCGCAGAGAUUAAGGAUUUACAAGGCCAGCUUGCUGAUUACAACAUGCUGGUCGACAAGCUAAACACCAACACAGACAUGGAGGAAAUGAUCAAUGACUACAACACUUUGAAAGCCCAGAAUGACAGUGAGGCUGAAAGCAUUGACAGCAUCUUCACCGAGAGACGAGAAAGAGAGGAGGCCAUCCGGGUGAUGGAGGAGGACAUCAGAAGGGAAAGGCGGGUUGCUGACGAGGUCGUUCAGUCGAUGUCUGCUGCGAAGCAGGAGAAAUAUUUUACUAUGGCAACAACCAAUGAAGAACUACUACAGGAGCUUACUGUUCUUCAGGAGGAGCUGGACAUUCUGAUAACCAGGAAGGAGGACUAUGAAGCAGAGCUGGCCCACUCGCAAAUCAAACAGGAAGUGGUGCACCUUCAUAACACACUGUCAGCCCUGGAGGCGAAGCGCGACGCCAUGGAGGCUGAGCACAAAAGCCUGGGCUCCCCCCAGGAGGAGAGGGAGAAGUUAUUCAAGCAGGUGAAGGAGGAUAACCAAGAAAUCGCCAACAUGGAGAGGCAACUCACGGAGAUUAGAGACAGGACCAGACAAGUCACAGAGGAGAUUCGUCAGCUCGAGCAGGACUCUGAGGACGCUCAGGGGGAGUGUCAACAAAAAUACAAGGAGCUGAAGAGGAAAGAGGAGGAAAUUGACCGGUUUCUGGAGUCAUUUGAAAACCUCAGAGGUCAGGAGCAGGACAAAAUGACGCAGAGCCAGGAGAACAUUGUCUCCCUGCUGGAACACUGCAGCCGGAACAUGCUGCGCCUACGUCAGGUGGAUACAGUGACAGCCAGUGAGUUGAGGAACAUGCAAGAAGUGCUGGUGAGCAAGGAGACGGAGAUGGUCCAAUCAGAGAGCACGGCCAAGGGACUUACAGCAGAGUCGCAGCGUCUGCAGCAGGACCUAGAGAAGGUGCAGCAGCUGGAGGGGAAGAUCACAGGAGAGCUCAGCACCCUGACGGAGCGCGUCGGCACCAUGGAGUCAGAGCUGCACACCUACCGAGACCUGGACGCACUGAGACACUCAGCUGAGGAGAAGAAGACGAGGCUACAAGAGGCCCGGGUGUCUCUGACUCAGCGUCGGGAUUCAUUCAAACAGCUGUUGGAGGAGAUGAAUCAGAAAUAUGAAGCUUUGAAAAGCAAACUACAGGAGAAUGAGACUCACGCCCAGCUGAGCAACCUGGAGAGGAAAUGGCAACACCUGGAGCAGAACAACUUUGUAAUGAAAGAGUUCAUCGCUUCUAAAUCCCAGGAGAGCGACUAUGCCACCGUUGCCAAGAAUGUCUCCCGACAAGUGGCUGAGUACAACAAGAGUCUCAUAGAGUCACUGCAGAACAACAGGAGUUAGUCACAUGCAGCAUUGAACACUGAGACACAGGCUGAGUCACAACCUGUUCCAGUGACAUGGGUCACAUAUAGUAGUGUGAUAGUCUGCUUGUGCUGCUAUCAGUGAUGUAGGCUCAGCAUUGAUGUUUAACAGCUUUACUAUUGGCACUAGUCAUAAAAUUACUCUUCAGUAUUUCACUCAUAUCCAUAGAGCAACUCUGAGUCAGUCAGGACAAAUUAACCAUCCAUUGAUAUAUUUAUUGCUUUUAAUCACAGGGAAAAAGAACAGUUUGCAUAAAAUCCAGAUUCUGAUCUAUAAAUAUAUUUGACCUUUCCAGUACGUAGGUAUCAAAGAGUAAACGUUGGAACCAAGUGCGGCAGCAGACUGACCCCUCACAGACGUAAAUGACCUAUAGUCACUGGACCUCCCUCCCCAGUGGAUGUGACUGCUCCAAAUGUGGUCACUUGAUCCAGACCUUUUACGCUAACGCUAGUUUAUUUGAGGGGCUUUGCUCUUUAGGUUGAAUGUCUUAGUCUGUGUCACUUCCAGCUUCUAGUGAAAACAAGUGUAUGCAUAGAUUUCUAGUAUAUUCAUGCACUGAUAAAGCUGAACAGUAAUUUCCACAAAGCCUUAAAGACGAUAAGAGCAGCCUGACAAACUUUGAGACACAAUUAGCAAACAACUGUAAAGAAAUGUCUGCCCAAAAAAAACGUCUUAGUUACAUCAUGUUCAGAUAGGACAUAUUUUUACAGGCUGUGGUGUUCAGUGUUCUACCGAAGGUUCUUACUGAGCAUUUUAAAGGGGAACUCCAUUAUUCCAAUUCUAAAAAAAGUUCAUAGUAAGUUAGAAAUACUGAAUUUGUAUGAAACUCUGGAAAUAAAAAUAUUAAAACCAA